GUACCACUGCGACUUUGUCACGUGACCUGUCAACGUCACCCACAGCGGCCGGAAGUGACUGUCUCGCCACUGUCACCGGUAUCUCCAUAGAAACGAACAGCUCGAGCUAUGGAAGCAGACGGGGCUCUGCCGGAAGGCACAGGCCGGCUUCCCGAGAGGCUGCAGCGGAGGGACCAGGAGCGGCAGCGGGAGUUGGAGCAGAGGAAGCGGCAGAAGGAUGGGCAGGCGGUGCCGGAGGAGAAGAGCGCCCAUUUCGGCGCCACUUUCGGUCCCGAGAAGGCGGCCAUCGAGGAGCUGCUGUCCGGCUCGGAGCCCGGCCUGCUGGAGGAGGUGGCCGGCCGCCUGCAGGGCCUCCAGAAGCUGCUGAAUGACAGCAUGAUGUUCCUGCCGCCCUACGACAUCCGCCAGGCCCAGGAGGCCGUCAGCCGGCUGCAGGAGGCCCUGGAGGACAAGCGGCAGGCGCUGCAGCCCAAGAAGAAAUUCGCCUUCAAAUCCCGCAAGAAGGACCAGGCUGCAGCGGGCUCGGGCACUCCGGCCCCCGGGACAGCCACCCCCAGGCCGGCCGCCGUUAAAGCCCAGCCCCAGGAGCCCGCUCCGGUACUGUGCGGCUUCCAAGGCCUGUCCUCCCAGGUGCUGUUCAUGGAGGCCGCGGAGAUCCGGCAGAAGGACGUGCUGCUGAGCGACCUGAGAGACUGCACCAUCACCCUGCACGGCUGCCCUGGCACCCUCCAUGUCCGGGGGCUGCACGGCUGCAGGCUGCUCUGCGGGCCCGUCUCCUCCUCCGUGUUUGUGGAUAGCUGCACCGGCUGCCUGUUCACCUUCCCCUGCCAGCAACUGCGCACCCACAGCUCCUCCGACUGCCGCUUCUACCUGCAUGUCACAUGCAAGGCCAUCAUAGAGGACUGCACUGACCUGCACUUCGCACCCUUCACCUGGAGCUACGAGAACAUCCAGAGGGACUACCAGAUCUCUGGGCUGGAUCAGGCCAGGAACAUGUGGGACCUGGUGGAUGAUUUCAAUUGGCUUGUCCGUGGUGUCCAGUCCCCAAAUUGGAGUAUAAUACCCGAGGGGGACAGGAUAACUCACUGGAACUGAUGUCACAGGCUUCAUUCAUUCUAACAUCUGUGUUAAAUAGUUCUAUAGUAAUGGACAACAUCUGGAGAUGCUUUACUGCCAUUUUUUUUUUUUACUUUAUGGUUAUUAUUUAAAUACUAUUUUAUUCAUUGCUUCCAUUAUACAUUUCAAGAUAAACUAGAUACACAGAGCUAUAUACACCUCACUUAUUGAAAGUGUUACCAGACCAGAUUCUGUAAUGUCUUUAUCUAUGACUUACUCACCAGGCCUGUGAACAUCUCAACCUGUUGUCAGUGAAAUUGAGUGAACAUUGAUUAACAAAGCACUGUAUGUCAAACCCCUCAUUUUAAUCAAUGUAUUGCUGAUACAAAAAUUAACAUAUAUUAAAAACAAAACCGUAUUUACGGCA